AUGUAUGACACUUUGGUUUUAUAUUUGGCUGUUUUUCCGGAAAACGAAGUUUUGAGAAAAGAUGUAAGUUUUUAUUGAGGAAAUUGAAAAGAAGCUGAUUUUCUAAAGAAAAAUGAAUUUUCUUAUCAAAAAAAUGAAGGAUGUUUUGAUUUUAGAAAAGGGGAAUGGGAAAAUUGAACAACAUUUCGAAAUUGAUAUUUUUGAGAUUAAAAAAUAUCAGAUUUAAAAAAAAUCGAUUCAAAACAGGAGGAAAAGAUUUGAUUUUGCAGCCACUUUCUGAUCCACGUUGGGAAUCUUGGCCAAUUCUUCCACCUUCUUCAAUCUUAUCACAAUGGGCCAAUUCAAAUAUCAAACGAUUGUUGGAUUCAAUUCAACGAGCUGAUAUGAAAUCAGCUAUUGAUUUUUCAACAAUUUGGUCAAAAUUAAUGACAAUGGCUGCUUCUUUUGGUAGAAUGGGAAUUGAUUUUCGACCAAUUGUUACUCAAAAAUUGACAAAAAUUAUUGAGAAGCGAUUUAGAAUAAGUGUACAAGUCGCGACAAAUCGGUUAGUUUUUGAUGGAAGUUUUGGGGGAAAACUAUCAGAAAAGUGCAAUCUCCAAGAGAAGUACGAAAUAUGUAAACGCACAUGAAGAAAUAGAAACGCGCGGGAAAAUGAACAUAAAUCAGUAAAUAUUUCAAAAUAAGCUGAUGAUUUGAUUUUUUUUUUUGAAAGCCGACUCGGAAUGCUUAAAAUUUUAGAGCUCAUUUCUAUUUAAAAUUAUUCAGAAAAAUUGCUUAUAAAAAAUCGAAUAGUUUCUGUUUUUCAGCCUAACCCAAUCAUCACAAGAUAUUGUAAUGAUCGGAAUUGAUCCAUCAUCUCUUCCACAAUUCGAAACCUCUCCUGAUUCUCCACCAGUUCCAUCAGCUGAAUUAAGUUUGUGGGAUGAUUUGACUAUUUAUGCCAAUUUUAUUGUUGAUGCUCUAAAUGGGUUGAGAUUCAUUUUGAGUCCAAUUUUGGUGAGUUUUAAUUUUUUUGCAGGCCUGAAACCUUGGAUUUCAUUUUAGAUUUCAACUGUUGUUUCAUCUCUUCGUGAUUCAAUUCGCUCGAUUUUAUCAUGGCUUUCAAGUUCUCAUUCAAAUUCUGCCAAUUUCUCUCGUGCAAUUCGAAUUGUUUGCACUUGUUUGGCACCGUUUUUCGAAAAAUGUGUUGCAUUUUUCUUCCCGCCAAAAGUUGUUAUGCAAAUUUUUGGAUCGAGUAUUAGCAAAGAGCAAUAUGUAAGUUGUUUUUUUGUUGAUUUUAUAUUUCGAAAAUCGGGUUAAUUUCCAGCUUCAAAUCAUUGAAUUUGAUAUUGAAAAGUUAGCAGCAUCUUGCGAUUCGGCAGAAAAAAUUGAGGAAAUUGUGAAACCACUUUUGACUAAAAAAUCACUUGCUGAUUUCGAUUUGGAUCAAGUUUUGAUGAAAAAGAAGAAACCCGAUUUUUUCCUGGAUCAAAAUGAAGAAAUUUCUGGAAAUCAAGCGGAAAUUCAAAUUCAAAAGCCCAAUCAAAAUUUACCUGCGAUUUCCGAAUCUCACGAAGAACAUCAUAAUGAACAUCACAUGGAAAGUUCGGAAUCUCAUGAAAAUUUGAGAUCAAAAAUUAUUGUUCCGGGAGAAGGUUCUACGCAAAAUUCUGGAUAUUCAGAAUCGGCAGAAAGUUUAGUAAAGAGUUCGGAAUCUCAAGAAUCUGUAGAAGUUCCAGUUGUAACAACAAUAUCUCAAGAAUCAGAUAAAGAUAAUCAAAUUGAAAGUUUGGAAUCGAAAGUCUACGAAAAUCAAAAGAAGAAUGUGGAACUUCCUACGAAAUGUUACGAUGUUGAAGAAGAUCUUUCAUCUAAAACUUCGGAACUUCCAGUUCAACCUCAAAAAAUUGAGAAAGUCCAAGAAGAGAAGACUUCGGAAUCUUCAGAAGCUACUGAUGUUCAAGUUGGAUAUUUGGAACCCAUAGAAGAUACUCCAAAGUUCGAAGAGGAAAAUUUAUGGAAAGAUUCUGAAGAUCUAGUACUUCCAGCAAUACCUUCGGAGUCUGAAGAAACUCAAGCUGAAACUGAAGACCUGGAAAUUCAUGAAAAUCCAGUGACACCUUCGGAAUCUCAUGAAAAAACUGCUGAAUUUUCAGCGGAAGAGAAUCCCUGGAAAGAAUUCGAAGUUCAAGUAACACCUUCACAGUCUGAAGAAACUCAAGCUGACUCGGAAGAUCUUGAACAUCCAGUGAAAAUUUCAGAAUCCCAAGAAAACCCUAUUCAAAUUCAAGUCGAGAAAAUCUCCUGGAAAGAUUUUGACGUUCCAGUAACACCAUCACAAUCUGAUGAAACUCAAGCGGAUUCUGAAGUUCCCGAAAACCCAAUACAACCUUCAGAAUCUCAAGAAACCCAAGAAGAAUCAGAAAUUCAAGAUAAACAAGAUGCUGAAAAUCAAGGUAAGAUUUUCAAACUUGAUCCAAAUAAAAUGUUUUGUAUUUUCAGAAGGUUGGGGAUGGGGAGAGGAAGAAACACAAAGAAAUGAAGAAGAAUCUGAAGAAUGGGGAUGGGGUGAAGAUGGAGAAAUUGAGGAAAAUAUAGAAGAAGAUGAGACUGAAAUUCCGGCUGAAAUUCCAGCAAAAACUAAGAAAAGUGGAAAAGAUGAUUGA